AUGACGGGAUCUCCACCGAGCAAGCCGUCGCCUGCGUGGCACCACAGCCUGCUGUGGGAGACCAAGAUCAUGUACGCGCUGUCGUCGGCGGGAGGCUCCGCCAUGUUCAACUUCCUGACGGUCUACUACCAGCACACCGCGGGCUUCUCCAAGGUGCAGAUCGGCGUGCUGCAGACGCUCCCGAACUUGGCCUCGAUGGUGGCGCCGCCGUUCUGGGGCGCGGUGGCCGACCGCAUCCGCGACCAGAGGCUGGUGCACAUCUUCUGCAUCGUGAGCGGCUCGGUGCUUUGGUUCGGGCUGCAGUUCUUCGCCUGGUCGUUCGAGUGGACCAUCCUGAUGGUCAUGCUGGCCCAGUUCCAGCGCAGUCCUGCCGCCUCGCUGCUCGACCACGCCGUGCUCAACAUGCUGGGCAAGGUUGGAGGCGAGUACGGGAAGCAGCGGCUAUUCGGCGCCGUGGGCUUUGGCAUCGGCGCCUACGUGACGGGGCUGGCGGUCGCAGUCGGCGGCAUCUACUGGUCCUUUGGUAUGAGCUUCAUGUUCUGCAUGUCGUCGCUCUUGGUGCUGCGCUUGAUCCCUCCCGUGCGGUACGGCGAGGAAGGCUAUACGGCGCUGGAAUCGGGCGAAGCGACGGAGAGCGCGGAGCCAGAGGCCCCCGCGUCCUUCAUGGAGAACCUCCGCCUGGUCGUGAGCGAGAUCGACGUGCUGGUGCUGCUCGUCGUCGUCUUCUUGAUGGGGCUCAUGUACGGCGUGCUGUCGAGCUUCCUCACGCUCAACCUGUACAACCUCUCGGGCGGCGACGCCAAGAUCGUAGGCGUCGCCAUCAUGUGCGAGACGGCGUCCGAGCUGCCGGCCUUCUUCUUCUCGCACAAGAUCAUCAAGAAGAUUGGCACGGUGAACGUGCUGCUGGUGUCCGUCGCCGGGUACGCGCUACGCAUUUCCUACUACGCGGUCAUGACGGACCCAUGGAGCGCCAUCCCGUUCGAGUUCCUGCAUGGCAUCACCUUCGGGCUGGCGUGGGCGGCCGUCACGCAGUACAUCUACUCGGCCACGCCCAAGGGCUGCGAGGGCACCGUCAUGGGCAUACUCAACGCCAUCCAGAACGGGCUAGCACGCGCCACAGGCACGCUCGUGGGCGGCUACUUCUACGAGAACUACGGCCCGCGCGUCAUGUGGCUGGCGACGGACUUGGGCGUGCCGCUCUCGCUCGUUGGCAUCGCAGUCUUCGCCUACUUCAAGUCCGCCAACGAAUCCAUCCACGAGGACGUCCCAGAGGAGGCCGAGCUGUUCUCCCCGCACGCCGCAGACCCGCAGGCUCUGAAGGGCGAAGGCCAGCUACUGUACGACGAGAUUGAGUAA